GGGGCAACAACAUGAUGAAGUCGAAUUCGUGGCCGAGGAUCUGCAAGGUGGAUAUGAGACCAUUGUUGAUGGACACAAUCUUGACGUAAGAGGGGAGGAGAGUCUUUUUGGGCAAGAUGGGACUGGUUUAGAUGUACCUGGUGGAGAGGAAAAUGAGGAAGAUGAAGUCCAAGAAGCCGUAUUUUACUCAUCAUUUCGGUCGAUUGAGGGUGGAGGUGAAGAGGCCACUGGUCCUGGCGGGUGGGUGGCUGAGGCACGUGAAGACCACGAUGGAAGUGAUGAAGGCCAUCAUCCAGCUUCAAACGGCAGCAGCAGGGAGGACAGGGAGCAAGGAGCUGUCAUGACCGUCAUGUCGCCCAGCUCAGUGCAGACACCCAUCCACCAUCACACUCACGAAGAGCAACAACACCAACACGAAUUUCAAUUUGGGAAUGUGGGACCCAUCAACCUCACUGAUAACGAAAUUUACCAACAUAUUCAACUUCAGCUUGCAGGCUUGACGCCCUCCGAUCCCACACAGAAUGUGUAUCAACACGAAACUCCUCCUUUUGCUUCGACCUCCACCCAAACGUCGGAAACUGCCCCCUCCGAUUCCAGUACCCAGACGCCUGAGGCACCUUCAGAGCUCAAUCCCAAUCCGUAUCCAUUUCCACCUUACUACCCCGAAUCAGCCCACUUUGUGCGCCAGUGGUGGCCUACACUGCCAGGAGUUCGGAGAAUGAGUUGCACAGUCGUUUUACUUGCUGCACACAAUCCCAUAAAUCAUAGAACAAGGUUUGUGCUCGCGCAGCACUAUUUUGGUGUGCCCGUUACAGGUCAGAGUGUGGAAGGAGAGCAAGAAGGAAGCACGGGAGAAAGCGGCGUGCAUGAGCACAGAGAGGCAAACGAAGAAGACGAUAUGCUCAAGUUGUGGUAUGUCAGCACUCCGUUUGAAGUCGUUUGUGUAUUGGAUAGAACAGAGGAAAAUGGGACGAGUGAGGGGAAAAAUGAUGAGACUGCCGCUCCUGCACAUGAUGGUCUGGCGCAAAAUGGUAUACAGACAGCCGGUGACGACAUAAAUGCAGAUGGAGGAGAUGAUGACGAUGAGUCGGAUAUCCACGGGGUGAACGAGCGGCCCCGCCCACUGGUAGCUGUUGAUUUUGGGCAUGCAGUGUGGGUAGAGCAUUGUGGUGAACGCCAUGCUUGCGGGCAGAGAGAGUUUUGCGGAGCGAAAGUGGGUGAAGAGACCGGGUAUGAAGACAGUGAAGAGGGGGAGCUAGACAUACAGGCGAGGAUUAGUAACGUGGUGGAAAAGAGAAAUGGAAAGCCGAAUGGAAAAGGAAAAGAGCGAGUUGGCGCCAAAAAGGGCAAGGGGAAGAAAAAGCAGACGAAAUGUCUUCGAUUCGUAACCUUCCCCGCUGUUGGAUCUUCGAAAGAAUCGUCAUAUUGCGCGAAGAGGGAUCGUGGUUCGUCGUCGACUACACCAUUGGCGUCUACGCAUCGAAGUGGUGGCCAGGACUCUGCAAGCACUGGUGUUGUGCGCACACUGGAUAUUCCGGACGAACUGGACCUUGACAGUGUGGAGACGAUAAACAUUGAUCAGUCGCAGGGAGCUGUAAUACUGAGCGUAAGAGAAGGGAAAAUAUUUAUUCUAAUGUAUGAAUAGGUGGUGUGCGGUGAAGAUGGUUAUUAAGAUACAAUGUAUGUGUAGGAAGGAGGUGCAAGAUAGAUGGAGUAUGUAUUUAUGGCUAGAAUGUCGCUUUGUACAUAAUAUCGUAUUUUAUAUAUUUUCUGUUGUACUCGU